CUCCGGUCAAAUCUCGUCGUCUUGUUUGGUCUCUGUUUUUCACGCCGGAGAUAGAGAGAGAGAGAAGUAAAAAGCGAAAAAGCUAGAAACUUUAGAAUACCCAAUAAUGGAUCCGAUCGAAUCUGUCGAGUACAAUGGCUUCGAGACCUCUAACGGUAACUCUCACGUCGACCAUGGUUGGAAGAAAGUCGUGUACCCGAAACGCCACCGGAAGCAAAAACCAGCGGAUCAAGCGACGGCGAAUGGUGGCAAAACUGUUGCUCAGAAUGGAACCGUAGCUAACGGAGGCGAUAACGUUUUCCGUUCACUGGAAGAGCAAGCUGAGGAUCGUCGACGACGGAUCUUAGCGGCGAAGAUGGCUGCUGUUGAUUCAGAUGAUGAUGGUGUUGUUAGAUCUAAACGCCGAUCUAAUGGUUACGGCGAUGAUGGGUAUGAUUUUGAUGGUAGUGAUGAUGAGAUCGCUGCAAGGAAUGAGAAUCUCAAGGUUGAGGAAACUAAAAAGCCAAAGCCUAAGAAGGUGAAGAAGCCUAAAGUUUCUUUGCCUGAAGCUGCUUCAAAGAUCGAUCCUUCAAAUCUCGAAGCUUUUCUCGUUGAAGCAUCGGAAUCGUAUGCGAGUCAGCCUGAGAUUCAGCUAAUGAGAUUUGCUGAUUACUUUGGGAGAGCACUUUCUGGAGUAUCAUCUGUGCAAUUUCCAUGGGUGAAGAUGUUUAAGGAGUCUCCUUUGUCUAAGCUGAUUGAUGUUCCGUUAGCUCAUAUUCCGGAACCAGUGUAUAAGACAUCAGUUGAUUGGAUCAACCAUCGUCCAAUUGAGGCUCUUGGAGCCUUUGUGUUGUGGGCUUUUGAUUGUAUUCUCACAGAUUUGGCAGUACAACAAGGUGGUGGUAAAGGUGGGAAGAAGGGUGGUCAACAUACUUCUUCCAAAUCUCAGGUGGCAAUAUUUGUUGCAUUAGCGAUGGUAUUACGUAGGAAGCCUGAUGCUUUGACUAAUGUAUUGCCAACUCUGAGGGAGAAUCCUAAGUAUCAGGGACAGGAUAAGCUUCCGGUUACAGUUUGGAUGAUGGCUCAGGCCUCCCAAGGUGAUCUAUCUGUAGGCUUGUAUUCAUGGGCACACAACUUGUUACCUGUUGUCGCUAAUAAGAACUGCAACCCUCAGUCAAGGGAUCUCAUCCUCCAGUUGGUUGAGAAAAUUUUGACGAAUCCAAAGGCUCGCACCAUCCUUGUAAACGGAGCUGUUAGGAAGGGAGAGCGACUGAUUCCACCUCCUUCAUUUGAGAUCUUGUUGCGGCUUACAUUCCCUGCAUCAUCCGCAAGAGUAAAGGCUACAGAGAGGUUUGAGGCAAUAUAUCCUUUGCUGAAAGAAGUGGCCCUUGCCGGUGCACCAGGAAGCAAGGCAAUGAAACAAGUCACACAACAGAUAUUCACUUUUGCUCUGAAAUUAGCUGGAGAAGGAAAUCCUGUUUUAGCCAAGGAAGCUAAAGAAAUUGCCCUCUGGUCUGUGACCGAGAAUGUUGAUUGCUGCAAGCACUGGGACAAUCUCUACAAGGAGAACCUGGAAGCUAGUGUUGCUGUUCUUAAAAAGCUUGUUGAGGAAUGGAAGGAGCAUUCGGUCAAACUAUCAUCAUCACCGAAUGAUGCCCUCACUCUCAACCGAACAAUGAAAAGCUUCAGGCUAAAGAACGAGGAGGCCAUCACUGAGGGAGGAGCCAAUGGUUCUCUUUACAAAGAAGCUGACAAGUCUUGCAAAACGAUCUCGGGGAAACUCUCCCGUGGAAGUGGCUGCCUCAAAGGAACAGCCAUUACUUUUGUGGUUCUAGCCGCUGCAGGAGCCGCUGCUGCAGCUGUUCUAUCUUCCAACCCGGAGGUUACAAACGAGCUGAAGAACCUGGUGGACUCAUUGGAGCUGCAUGAAUACCUCAACAAAUACACUGAGGUUAUCACCACAGCUUUGAAGAAGUAAGAGAAAAGAAACAAAAACAAAACAGAGGAUGAUAAGUAGAGAGGUAACUCUUAAUAUCGUCGGUGUAGAGAAUUACUUAAAGUUAAAGCCUUUUACUCUCCAAGAUACAAAGUUUUGAACAUCUUGACCAGAAUUUAGGGGUUAUGGAGGUGAAGAAUAAUGAGGGUUUUCGUUUUUAUAAUCACAAAUUUGGGAUUUGAGAGUCUGUUCAAAGUUGUUGAAGGUUUUUUUUUUAGACUGUUUAAUUUGUGUCUGAGAUAAUUUAUUUCUUCUUCUUUUUUCCCCUGAUGACAAUAAAGUUAUUUCUGUUUAUUAUA